AUGAAGGUCAUGAACCUGACGGAAGAAGACGAAAACUUGCCGGACGUGGUGGAAGAAGACGCUUUGAUCUGCUAUUUUUGCAUCUGGCAGGCAGAGUUCGGGGAUGAGUCUGGAGAUGAUUCUGUGGCUUGGUGGCCGAAAAAUCUUGAUUUGGAAGAAAACGCUAGGGUGCUUCGGGAGAAUUAUUCAGUUGGAGAUGUUGAGCAGUGUUGGGUCCAGUUGGAUGAGAUUGAUCUCGCCAAAUAUGAAAAGGAAAUCCCUAAGAAGAGGAAAUACGAGAGUAGACUUUGCAUAUACUGCGGUAACAGAUACGACCAACUGAAGAAGCACGUCAAACGAAUGCAUAAAGAAGCAAUCAAAUGCGGAAUUCGGGGCUGCACAACUUACUUUCACACCGAGGAGGAAAAAGAGCAGCACAUGCAGCACGACUUUCACGCGAACCAAUGCGAAAGCAGAGAAAUUCGGUGCAAAUUUUGUGAAACUGGCAAAUUGUAUUCCUCAAUUAAUUCGUGGAAGAUGCACAUGAAUCACACCCAUCCAGAGCAGGUGGCGUGCUCACGUGUAGGCUGCAAUGAGUAUUUCAAAUCCAAGUCUGAAUUGAUUCUCCACUUCAAUUCGCACAAACAAGACAUCAAUCGAGAUCUUUUCCAGUGCAAGCAUUGCGAGUAUUUCACAACAGUUGAAGAUAAUUUGAGACAACACGAAGAGGCGAAGCACAUGCCAAAAAUCUUCAAAUGCGACAGUUGCGACGCCAAAUUUGGCGCAAAAUGGAUAGUGCAAAAGCACUUCAAGCGAUUUCACACGUUCGACAAGUGCAAAUCUUGCGGCCAGGAAGUGGCUCUCAUGAAUAUUGCACGACACAGAAAGCCAUCAGUUUGCUCCAAAUGUAAACUCAGUUUCGAGUGCUCAGAUGCACUCAACCACUUCGUGGCUGGUUGGGAGAGGUGGGGGCGCUCUAUGCUCGCCCCACCAGAAAGAGCCAAUGAGAGCGUGGCGGGCGGUUUGAAACGACCGUUAGAAGUCGGCGUCGGUGACGCCACCGCUAACUUGCGCUUAUGGCUUUCAACAGUGGAAAAAAGCGGAUUUCAAUUCACGUGA